GCUCUAACCCACCCUUCUCCUGCUCCUGGUGGGUAAAGUCUUACAGACCCCCCUCAGUCGCACGUCAGCCAGGCUCCAUGAGGAGGUAAGCAGCUUUCUAUCACCUUUCUCUGCAGCUUGCACCAGGAUCAGAGCCGGAGUCACCUGGAAGGAGCUGUGCUCACCUUGAGGAGAAGUGGACCCAGCAUGGCAUCGAAGACCCCAGCGCUCCCACAGUCCUACACUCCGAGGACAGACAGCGUCUUUUCUGACCUGUCAGGCUUCUAUUCGCUGGACUCCAAUGUGCCUGGGCUCUCUAAGGUGAUCCUCAGCCAGCUCAGCAUGAAGGACUAUAGAGAAUACAGGGCCGCCGUGGAGGGAAAGGCCGGAGGAGUCGUGUUUCACAACUACAAGGAAAUGUUCCAGAAGAUGGAGGAAACCUUUAAGUUCUGCACCGGCUGCAACAAACUCCCAGCAAACCUCCCAGAGGGACAGACCCUAAAACGCUGCGUGAAGUGCUUGAAUGUGUACUACUGUACAAAGGACUGUCAGAAAAAGGACUGGCCUCAACAUAAGAAGGUCUGCAAAAUCCUGCGAUUGGUGGCUGUUGACCGGCUGGUGGAGUGGCUGAUGUUCACUGGUGAUCUUCCACUCGCAACUGAAAAAUGGUCCAAGACGCCUUCAGAUGUGAGAUGCUGGGACGACUGGCUUCCCAUGCAGGAGGGGCUCGCCCAAAGUCUGUCCAACAUCACGUCCAGCGCCAACAUGACAACUCUAUGGAAGAACGUCAGCAGGACACGACCAGACGACGACGAACUGAGACAGUCCGUCUGGAGAAUCCAGAGCGAGUUCCUCUCUCGGGUUCUCGCGGUUGGAAUGGCGAUUCAACACUUUGGCCUGGACCCGUACGAUAAGCCUCUCAUUGUUCACCUGGUAGGGGUGUCCCACAACGAGACGACGGGAGCCAGACCGACUGACUAUGACGAGCUGAGCAACAUGUUUCCUGGACACCAGGGCAUUGAGGUGGUGAUGGUGGGACCAGAGGUGGUGGAUGGCCCCAUCGUGAGACCUCCUCUCACAGCGUUUGGCCCCAAGCACAAAGUGUAUAUAAGUGCGUAUAAGGGUCUCUACCAUCAGUUCUGGGAGGAUGUUGUGGAGAAAGGGGACGCAGGCAAGCCAGACGUGGUGGUCGGAUUCCAUCCAGGGUUUCAUGCCAAUCAGGGUUUGGUGGAAGGCUGGCUGCCCACCCUUCUGCUGCUCAGGGACUACAACAUCCCUUCUUUCUUCACCAUGUACAGUGAGAUGGAGCUCAAGUAUUCCUUGCAGAUCCUUCUGGAGCUGGAGAUGCACAUCAGAGACAGCGGACCCAAUCCUUUCGCCUCCCAGAAACCAGAGCAGGUCCAGGCCUGUCCUAACAAGCCCCCAGUCUACUGCAACUCGCAUUAUGUCUGUUUCCGGGGGCUGUUGCCUCAGGAGGACUUGGAGGAGCCUUGAGCUGUUAACUGAGCCAGGGCCAGUUCAGUUCUCACCACCGAGCCCAUUAAAACAAAGCUGUUUGCAAUAAUGCGCCUUUUGAGUUCGGUCCUUAGGUCUGUGAGAGACGUUGUGCAGCCUCUGAGAGCCAAAUAUCAUCCAGCCGCCGCCGUUAGGGACACCAAGUCGUGUGUCACUGCACAUGAUGAUUGCCUGCCACUGCUUCAAAGGUGUAAUAAACAAUCCUCUGAGCGCUGAUGCAACUCUCUGUUCCAUGAGGCAGACUAAAGAAGUCUCUUAAAGCUCAUUUUCUUUGAUGAUGUCAGCAGCGGGGCCACAGAGGCUUCUUCUGCUGCCGUCCCGAGGUAACGCCACUGUCGAACACAAAGGAUAAAGGAACGUUUUGCAUUCCUAAAGAGGCCUAAAUUAGUUCUGUCAUCAUUCGAUGGCUUCCUGUGAUUCGUUCUGUGGUUAGACCAAUUAACUAAUCUCACAACGGCUGCGUGAAAGAGGAUGGCAAACUAAUGUUACAUGUGGAAUCAGAUUAAAGUCAUUUUACAAGGCUGGAAAUCUUCAUUCUAUAAUAAUAAUAAUCUGGGCUGGAAAUCUUCACAAACAACAAAAAUAAAAAUGCUUGAGUUAUAAAAUCGGAUGAAGGCAUGAAACAAGUAUGGCACCAUAUUGAUCUUUGGCUAUUUUUAAAGGGAAUAACUAACUUUAAAAGAUUCUUUCAUGACAGAAAAUGAGGCUUUUGAGAAAUAGGAAGCAUGCCCAUAUAUGGAAGAGGACUUGAUACCUGCUACUGCAUCCUAAGGCUUCUUACUCUCUAUGGCUGUGGAAAGCAAAGGGAUUAUUUUCUUGACAAAAUAAAUAAAUAAAUAAUGAGGAUCAGUUGAAAGGCUGCAUGUUGAAAUCAGAAAAAAUCCAAAAAAUCCAUGCAGGAAAUGUGGGUAAACUCUGAAACAGUAAAAUGAGGGAAGAGGACAGAUUUCUCCUCAGCCACUAAAGGUGAUAUCUCUGCCUGACGAUUAAAAAAUUAUUUGAAUCUUGGGUUUGACUGAAAGACCGCCUCAAAGUUGAAAUUCAAAACAACAAAGUUCAUGAGUCAGCUACUAGAGAUAACAGGGAGUCAACAGCCAGACCAUCAAGACGACUGACUGAUCAUUAAGUUUAUCAGGUAAGAAAAAUAUUUUUUUAUGCGUAGCACUUACAUGAAGUGACUUUUUAGGGCCAAACGAGGUGUUGUGGGUAAAUUACCUGCUGAUGGACUGAUGAUCCUGUUCCAUUAGUACCGAGUCGGGGCGGCACAGCACGGCUCUACCGGUUAUUUAUGGCCCCUUUUAUAGUACCUGCUUGGCUUAAAGAGUUACGCAAUAACCACAUUUUUAGAGCUGUACAUGUAAAAGGUACAUCUAAUGAAAAAACAUGGAGAAAAGGGCUUUAUUAACAGCAGUUCCUUUUGUGUCAGUCAUGUUGUUAUUAGUUUAUUUCAUUGUUUAAUUUUUUUUUAAAUCGCAUGAAGUUAUGCCACUGUAUGAAUCUAAUUGUUGAUUCUUGUAAAUGGUUGCCCACUAUUACUUUCUGCUCUUUUGUUCACAACACUCGUAUCUCUUUGAAUUUGGGGUUUCCUCUAUAUUUAUCUGCAAAAUAAUUUAUUGGCUGAAAGGAAUUUUUGUCAAUGAAAGCAUAAUAAUUUUUUUAUAGAAUUUAAAAAUAUUCUGCAUAACAAUGCUUUAGACAUCCACAGGAUUUUCCUCUAUUCAGUCAUGCACAUUACAGUUUUCUCACGUUGUUUGGUAAAUGGGCUGCUGUCCUUCCUCUAUUUAACUUGAAUAUUGCAUUUUUAUCUGAAUAUGCCACAUUAUCAAUAAUUGUGCAAUUUCUUUUUCGCCUUUCUGCUAUGUUUAUUUUCUUUUGCUUUAGAACUUAACUUUAAAUCAGCUUGUUAUUCAUUACUAACCCCACUGUAUAACUCUGUCUAUGUGUUUUUGACAUCAUCACAUCAUGGUUUCCACAUUGUGGCACAAUAAAGGCAUUUCUUAUCUUAUUUCUCAUCUUCUUUUCAAUUGUACUGAGAACAUUUUGGUACUAUGGAGGCAGUGCUACAGAAAAUUGUUUAAUUGUG